AUGGUGAGCUCAGCAGCCUCCGGGCUCUUGAGUCGCCAGCUCAAGUUGAUGCAAAGCGAUAAGGACAUUCCCGGCAUAAGUUGCGGUCUCAUUGGGAGUAACGUCUUCGAGUGGGAGGUCAUGCUUAUGAUUUCUGACGACUGCAAGUACUACGGCGGUACGUACCGGAAUAUUGCUGUUGAAAGAGUAAGGGGGAAGGCUGAUGGAAGAGAUACAGGAGGAUUUUACCGCGCCCAUCUUAUAUUUCCACCCGAAUACCCACAUCUGCCACCCAAGAUGACGUUCCAGACACCGAUAUUCCACCCAAACGUCUAUCCCUCCGGCGACGUUUGCAUCUCGAUCCUCCAUGCGCCUGCCAACGAUCCAUACGGGUACGAGUCUGCCAGUGAACGGUGGUCGCCGGUUCAAACGCCCGAAACAAUACUCUUGAGCGUGAUCAGUAUGCUGAGUAGUCCGAACGAUGAGAGUCCGGCGAAUGUGGAGGCGGCGAGGUUAUGGAGAGAGGAUACGAAAGAAUUUAGGAAGAGAUGUAGGGCGAAUGUAAGGGCGAGUUUGGGGGAGGAGUAG